GGGAUUUGUCUGCAAGCGAAUGGACCAGUAGCCAUCCAGUUGGCGAGUACGUAGUGGCUCUUGUAGUUCUUGCAUUAGUUGUACUUCUAGUUUAUCGUGUUUCUUUUGCAAGUAAGCGAUGGGAGCAACCUUCAGGCAAUACUUUGCAUCUACGGCAUGUACAAUGAGCGUCGCCAUCUUAGCUACGUGCUUCAACUGGAUGGAACCGCUGAUGAAUUAUUUCAUCUCUCCGGAGUCUGAGAUCCCGAUGACCACUUCCGACAGUUCUUGGCUGGUAGCUUUCGUUGAAAUCGGAGAAUUACUCGGAACUGUACCAGCUGGUAUGCUAGCAGACAGGAUCGGUCGGAAGAAAGUGUUGCUGCUUUCUGGUCCCGUGAGCUUGCUGGCCUGGCUAUUGGUCCUCACCACUCGCAAUAUAGUGGUCCUCUACGUCGUACGAUGCAUCAGCGGAAUUGGAGUUGCGAUCGCCUACGCCUGUGCUCCGAUGUACAUCGCCGAGAUAUCCGAGCCAAGGAUACGAGGGGAGCUCUCAGGCCAAUUCCAGACCAUGUGGUACAUCGGCAUCCUCUACAGCUACAUCACCGGCCACUACCUCAGCUACCAGAACUACGCCUAUGCUUGUUGUGUCGGUCCUUUUAUAUUUGUCGCCUUUUUCUAUCUCAUGCCAGAGUCACCGUAUUAUGAGCUGAUGGUUGACCGGCCAAAGAAUGCAAUCAAGGCACUCAGGUGGCUUAGAUCAACCAAAGAUGUUGAUGAAGAGUUCCAAAGCAUUAAAAAAUCAGUGGAGCAGGAUAUGAAAUGCAAAGGUGGUUGGCGUGACCUUUUUGCAACCAAAAAAGAUACAAAAGCCUUUCUCAUAGUACAAACUGUCUGCAUCAUAAAAUACCUGAACGGGAUACCGGCUGUAUUAGCAUAUGCGACACAGAUCUUCGCACAGUCGUCCAACGGAACUCUAAAGGAUCACGAAUUGACAAUAGGUCUUGGAGUUUUACUUUGCAUUACUACUUUCUGUUCUGCAAUGAUUUCAGACUCCGUCGGUAGAAGACCGCUCCUUAUCUAUUCUACAUUGAUUUCUGCUACUUUCAACAUUUUCACGGGAACGUACUUAUUCCUCAGCCAUCAAGGAUACGACGUCUCUGAUUAUUCCUGGGUGAUGUACGUCUCCAUAGCCGGAUUCUGCAUUGUGAGCAACAUCGGUCUUGGACCACUUAUGCUAACCAUCCAGGCGGAGUACUUCCCAUCGCACACGAGAGGCAUCGGUGGUGGUAUAACAGGGAUUACGACUUCAGUUGCGGUCUUCAUCAACUUAAAGCAGUAUCAGACCGUGGAAGACUUCUUUGGUGUCUACGUGAACUUUUGGAUUUUUGCACUGAUCGGUUACUUGGGUACUAUGUUUAUGCACAUAGUCUUGCCAGAGACAGCGGGGAAGAGUCUAGGCCAAAUUCAGCAGAACUCAGGCAGCACGGAGACGAUAGAAGAUGCGGGGAAGAUAGAGAACACGUUGAAUACUGAAGAAAACUCUACGAAGGUGUAGUGAAGAGAUCCAACCCAAAAACUCGAUGCCAUGUGUGCCUUCUUCGCGAAGAGUGCUUCUUUCUCGUUCCAUGUACUGAUCCUGCAGCUAUCUCCAUACAAAUUAUCACCGAAAAAUCAUAUUGUACAUUCCGUACCCUAAGUUAUAAGUUUCUUGAUUCAUUUUUACUUUCUAAAUUUUGUGGAAAGUAAAUUGGAGUAAUUUUUAAGAAUUUAAAAUUCUCAAAUACUGCCUACAUUAUGUUUCUAAUUGUAAAUUAGUAAUAGUUACUUUACGUUCUGAUAAGUCUGAUAUUAUGUGAAUAAUGUAUUAAUUGCAUUUUUCAAUCACAAAAUGUUCCUAUUUUUAUUUUAAUUAUCUUCUUAUAGUGGAUAGUGAAUAUCCAAGCUUUAUAGAUGCGAAACAGCAUAUUAGUCAAUAGCAGAGCUGUGACUAUGUCCAGAAGUAUUAAUUAUUUUUUUAAAUCAUUUUUAUAAUGAUGUGAAGAAAAGUAAUAAAAUAAUAAUUAAUUUUAUAUUGGUUUGUUUCCAAGCACCUCCUAUCCAUGAUUUCCCAUUUAUAUUUUUUUCAUGAUUGUGUGAAUUUCAAAAGACUAACAAUAAGCUUGGUGUUUCUAUGCAAAU